AUGAGUUCUAUUGACAAGGACACCAGCAAAAUUGGUGUUGUGCCUGUCACUUCUGUUGCUGUUGCCGAAUUACAGGACUACAUCGAAAAGGCUCCCGACGGAGUCGAUUCACAUGCGGUAAAGCUUCUUGAAGAGGCUCAAGCCAAUCUUCGGCUUGCGGCUGAAACAGGGUAUACUCCUGAAUUACGUCGUAACUUUAGUAUUUGGUCAUUGCUUGGGGUUGGAUUUGGUCUUACAAACUCUUGGUUUGGUAUCUCAGCCUCUCUUAUCGCUGGUAUCUCCUCCGGUGGCCCCAUGAUGAUUAUCUAUGGUAUCAUCAUCGUGGCGGUCAUCUCGCUCGCCAUUGGUGCGACCCUUUCUGAACUUGCAAGUGCCAUGCCUUCUGCCGGUGGUCAAUACUACUGGACUAUGAAGCUUGCACCCAAAAAAUGGGCUCCGAUCUUGUCCUACUUAUGUGGGGCAUUUGCCUGGGCUGGUGCUGUUUUCACCUCUGCCUCCGUCACCAUUUCCAUUGCAACUGCCUUGGUUGGUAUGUAUGUUUUGGGCACUGGAGACCCUAACAAAACCGUUGAAACCUGGCAAGUUUUCGUUACUUACGAGAUUGUCAAUGUAUUAAUUUUAUUCUUCAACAUCUGGGAAAAGCCUCUUCCGGCCAUUUCUGCCGCUUCCUUGUACACUUCACUUGCAUCCUUUGUGAUCAUCACCAUUGUGGUUUUGGCCAAAAGUUCUGGUGACUUUGCAGACCCUCUGUUUGUGUUUGUAGACUUUAACAAUGGUACUGGCUGGUCUCUGUCAGGUAUUGCCUUUAUUGUUGGUCUUAUCAAUCCAAACUGGUCCUUUUCCUGUUUGGAUUGUGCAACCCAUAUGGCCGAAGAGAUUCUCAACCCAGAGACUCAAAUCCCCAAGUCAAUCAUGCUUACUGUUGUUUUAGGGUUUAUUACUUCAUUUGCUUAUUCGAUCGCCAUGUUUUUCUCUAUCACUGAUUUGGAUGCAGUUUUAAGUUCAAACACUGGUGUACCAAUCAUGGAUAUUUAUCAUCAAGCUCUUAAAAGUAGAGCCGGUGCCAUUGGAUUGGAGGUCUUAAUUGUUCUCACUGCCAUUGGAUGUAACAUUGCUUCUCAUACUUGGCAAGCACGUUUAUGUUGGUCCUUUGCAAGAGAUGAAGGAUUACCUGGUUCAAGAUAUUGGUCUCAAAUUAACCCAAGAACCAAACAACCAAUCAAUGCCCAUCUCAUGUCUUGUGCUUGGUGUGCGGUAAUUGGAUGUAUCUACAUGGGAUCUACCACCGCCUACAAUGCCAUGGUUACUGGAUGUAUCAUUUUCUUGUUGCUUUCUUAUAUCGUUCCAACCAUUUGCUUGUUGAUCAAGGGUAGAGAUAACAUUGAACAUGGUCCAUUUUGGUUAGGUAAGCUUGGUUAUGUAUGUAAUCUUGUUUUGAUUGCAUGGACCAUUUUCACCACCGUUUUCUAUUCUUUCCCUGCAGUUAUGCCAGUUACUGCUGGGAACAUGAACUAUGUUUCGGUUGUUAUUGGUGUGUUUGGAACCUAUUGUAUGAUUUAUUGGUUCUGUAGAGGUAAGUAUAGAUUCAAGACUUUGGAUGACCAUGAAGCCAUGAUCCCACAAUUGACCCACCAAUUAUCCAACCAAGUUGAUCAAUUAGAAUUGAUUUUAUCUAAUCAUAAGCUGAUUGAAAAGAAUAUUUAA